GCCGGGAGAAAAUCGUUUGCCAGUCGGGUGCGGCAAAUCUGGAGCCAUGAUCGGAGGAGGCAACCCCGUGAUGCAGCUGGUGCCCCUCGGGGUAGUUUUGCUGCUGCAGCAGUUUGACAUUGAACAGAUGGGGUACGUCAUGCAUUUGCGCGUCGUCUUUGGAAUCGUUCAGCUCUGCUGCCUGGGCAUGCUGAUGCGCAUCCGUGUGAAGAUCCUGGCCAUGGAAGACGGGGCCAAGCUCCAGGUGCCUGCCCAAGUACAGUUCGGGGUAGAAGUCAAGCCUGCCGUGGAGCAGACUAUCAAAGAGUAUGACGAAGCCAAGUGGAUGGAGCUGAUGCAGCAGCAGGUGGUUGGCUGCAUCGUCCUGGCCUGUAUUCAUGCGCAUUGGGGCUACGUCGUACCGCUGGCCAUCCAGACAGCCACUGCGCCUCUGCAGCUGCUGGAGUCACCCCUGGCCAAGAUCCACGCCCUUGGGAAGCCCGCACAGGGCUCUCUGAAAAGGCCCUUCCCGGCCCCGAAUCCUUUUGGCCUGCCGUCCAUGCCCGAAGCGCCAAAGGAAAAGAAGGAGGCCAAGAAGGACAAAGCGGCCAAGAAGAGCAAGUGAAGCUUGCAAAAGAGUGGCUCGCGCUUGUCACAUGCUGAAUCAGAGGUCACUCGCAAGAGGAG